AUGCAUCACGCAGUGGAGCAGUUUGGCGGGCGUGGCACACGGGACUCCUUCUCUCAGGAUGGACUCCACCGGGGACCCUGGGCUCCCGUGGGGGGCCGUGCCUGGCAGCCGCCCGGCAGGGGUUUGCCUGGAGUGAACCAACACCAGCUUCUUCCCCAUCUACCUCCUGGUCCAAUUCAUGGACUCAACCAACCCAAUAAAUUCUUUAACAAUGGGCCCAUUCGAGGAGGCGAGAAGUUGGAUCUCCCUCAGCCCAUGUUGCCAAGUCUGCCGAGGGAACAGCUGAGACCGCUUCCUCAUCAUCCUCUUCAUCAUCUCCACCCUCACCGGGCGUGGGAGCAACUGGGCCAACUCUACGAAUCCCACCAUCCUCCCAUAGGGCAUCCAGGCGCAGCUCCCCCCGAGCCCUCGCUUCGUCUCCAUAAUGGCGGCUACGGAGGCAGUGGCGGUGCACCCCCAAAUCCGCAUCUCCCCACCAGCAGGCCCAACCCACCUGUCAAGUUUGGGGGCCCUCAGGAGCACCAAGCCCACCGAGGUUCUCCACUGCUAGGAGACGACAUGUGGGCUCAGGUGCACCAGCAAAGGGGACACACUGCCAAAAUGAGCGCUAGUCAGUUGAAAAGGCCGCGGCCUCCGCAUGGCGGACCCUCUGUCAUCCAGCACACUCCGGUGCCCUCCUCGCACCAAUCCACCCGCCCAUCCGCAGAAGACUGGCCCAGCCCGAGCAAGAGGAAAAAGAGCUCUGAUCAGGUCUCGCAUCCAGGCCAGCAGCAGCGCAUGCCUGGAUUGGUCCAAGCGUCGCCAUCUCAACCCUAUCACUCCAAACCUGCUUUCUGGAACCCCUUUCAUAAGGAUAACGACACCUGGCAGCCUCAGAGCUGCGAUCGCAAGAACCCGCAACCGCUGGAGUUCCAAGGCCGAACUGAGGCCCAUAAACAAGCACUAGGCAGCUACUCCCAAAAGAUGCCCUCAGCCACUCCCUCCACUGUGUCACCCCCUCUCAACUCGCUUCCUCCUACCUACAACCAGGGAUGUGGACCUCAUCUGCAGAGGGACUGUUUCCAACCUCAGGCUGUGAAGCAGCAAUCUCCCCAUUGCAGCCCCACUUCCAAGUUGGGGCCAGCUCCUCCUUGCCAGGCCACGGAGCAACACUGCCACAGAGGCCCCCUCGCGGGGACCCCUACCCCUAGCAGAGGGGAUAGAGAGCCGCAUCGGUACGCCCAGUCCUCACCAGCAAAACCCCCAGCCAGCAGCAACAGCAGUGUGCCUUACAGCCACGUUCAGCCUCACCCGGGACUGGGGACGCGAUGCCCCCCUGCGCCUCCGCCACCUCCCACCAGCGCCACCUCAGUACCUCAGCAAAGUGGGUCUUAUGAUGUGUGGAGGUUCCAGAGUAGGCCUGGCAGCCAAACCUUGGUUCCAGGCAUCUCCAGACCUCCGGGACUGAUACCUCAUCACCAGCAGAGCCACAGUCGAGGUCCAGAUAGUCAGCACCAACCUCCCGUCAGCCCGCCCCCCGUCAGCUCUACCCGUACCCCGGUUAUCACCCCCAAUCGUUCCUCUUGCUCCAUCAGUGGACAUUACAACACCAACGGAUCUGAUGGCAGUUGCCAGGUGAGCGAUACCCACGGAAACCGGCAGAGGAGUCGUGAGCCGACACCCCAAAGCGUUGUCGUAGGUCCCCACGGAUGUCCUCCUCGCCCUCAGGCGAAUGCUGGCCAGCCUCCUCAUGAUAUACGAGAAAGACUUGAAGAGCACGGUCACCCCAAAGCCCGUCAUGGGAAUACCUCCUAUUACCCUCAAUCUCAAGUGGCACAAGCUCCUGCGUGUUGUACGUCCUCAUCUUUGUUCUCCUCAGGGCUCCCCAAAACAGGGGACAGUGUCAUUACGAGCAAUGUGUUAAAAUCUCUUUCCAGUUCUCCUCCCGUGUACUUUCCAUCUUCCAGCCAUGGGCAGGUGUCCUCACAGGUGUACUAUCAUCAGCGUAUUCAUCCGGGCCCCGCUCCGAACUCCCAGUCGAUUGAGGAGGCUCUGGACAAGCUCGACGCAGAGCUCGAGGGGCACGUGCGUGCCGAGGAGAAGAAGAGAAUUGACAGAAAGGAAGAAGACCGGCGCAAGAAAGAGAUGGAGAUGAAGCAAAAGCAGCAGCAAGAGGAGGAGAGGAAAAGGAGAGAACGGGAAAAGGAUGAAGAGAGGAAGAAGAGAGAGAUGGAGAAACGGGAGGAGGAGGAGCGCCAGCGAAGAAUAGAGUGGGAGCGGCAGGAGCAAGAGAGGAAGAGGAAGGAAGCGGAGAAGCUGCAGGCGGAGGAGGAGGAGCGGAAGAAAAAGGAGUGGGAGAAGCAAGAGCGGGAACGGAAGCGGAGGGAGUGGCAAAGGCAAAUGGAAGAGAAAAAGAGGAGAGAAGAGGAAGAGGAGAGGAUAGCCAGAGAAGAAGAACAGGAGAAAAAGAGGAGGGAGGAGGAAGCUAGGCGUAAAAAGACUCAGGAGCAGACUGCCAUGGAAAGUCUGGAAAGACUUCUGUGCGGCAGCACGCCCGCAAAUGCAUCGACCCGCACUCCUCCCGCCCCUGCCUCCUCGAGGGCCUCGCCUCCCUACCCGUGGCUGAGCCGCGGGGGCGCUUGUGGCCAGGCGCCCCUCAACGCCACCCACCCGGAAAAGCUUCGACCACCUCCGCUGACACCGCAGACGGACUAUGCCCGUGAGAAGCAGAGGCAGCGUGAGAUGUGGGCUAAAGCUCCUGCUGGCCAAGAUAUCUCAGGGAAGAACCAGCACCAGCUUAUCUACUCUGGCAAGCCCCCCGCCAUGCAGGUCGCACCCAAACAGUCCAAAGACACUCUGCCCACGCGCCGAGAGCCCCCCAAACUCUACCAGGCGUUUCCUAGAGAGAACCCGCCGGACCCCCCCGCGCCUGUGAGAUCAGACACUUCCCCAUUUGAGGAAGAGCCUGCGGAGUUGUCCACUCUGCUCCCUGACGGGCUGGCCAACAUCAUGGCCAUGCUGGAUGAGUCCAUCAAAAAGGAGGAAGAGAUGUACAGCGAGGGUCUCCUGGAUACGUUUGCGCCAAACGUCCUGCCCGUCAAGAGUUACCCGUGUGCCCCCGACCUCCUCCCGGCACUCAAGCGUCAGCCAAAUCAGGAAGACUUUAGAGCCAAUCCUCACGCAAGCCCGCCUGUGCUCAGCCGCCAAGGCUCACUGGCAUCCCCUUGCAGUCGGACGUCUUCACUCAAUGAGGAGGUAGAACAGGAGGUGGAGGACGUGGAGGAGGUUGAGGAGGAUUAUCUUAAAACCUCUCCCCAAAGCAGAGGAGUCGGGAGCAGCACCUAUCGCCACAGCGACCUGGCCAAACUUUACGGUCUUCCCGAGCAGGCUAAGAGCGAGGCGGACGAGGAUGAGGAAGAGGAUGACUCCGAGACUCCCUCUUGUUCCCCACCACCUCAAAGACCCCACCUCCACCAAACGGGUGUCAGCAACAUGUUCAAGUCUCUGGCCACGGUCCUGGAAGGCCAGAAGUACGCGUAUAGAGGCGGACCUUUUGGGAGACCCCCGCCGUCAGCUCUGCUAGGAGUCAAGUACGCCUCGUCCCUGUCGCUUGGGCCCGACAUAUGCCGCCAGCAGCGCAGCAGUUCACCUACAUCCGAUUCUGCCGUUGCUCCUUUAAGUCCGGCUGUCUGCCCUCCAAAGUCCUCGCCGCCCCGUCCUCUGGAAGAUGAGAAGAUAAAGGUGGAGCCCGCUGAUGAACUGAUCACAGCGGGAAAGAUCGCGCAAAACGAGAACCCGCCGCCCGUGACUCUGUACCGAACUGUCAAGGAGGAGCAUCGUUUGACCACCAUCUCUGAGUCCUCGCUGGUCGAGCUUGCCGACACCUUUGAGUUGUCGCGAGCUCACGGGCCGGAAAAAUCGACGCGCCACACCGAGGAAAGAAGCCAGCCGGAGAAAGCCAAGGAGCGCCACAGGGACAGAGAGAGGGACAAAGACAAGAAGCGGAAGCACGGUCACAAACAGGAGGACACAAAAGAGAAGAGGAAGCACAGAGACAAGAGGGACGAGUCUGCUUUAUCGUCCUCUUCCUCGUCUUCGCACUCCAGCAGCAGCCACAAGCGGCACAAGGAGGGUAAGAGCCACAAGAACGACCGGCGGAUCCUAUGCGACCUCAACCUCCAGAGCAAGGAAGGAAAGAGCCGCGGUCAUCACGACUCUGAGAAAAAGAAGCGGAAGGAUGCGUCUGGUGCAACAUCGGGGGGCGAGCGGAAGUCCAAGAAAGGUGACCAGUCGGGCUCUUGGCUGGAUUCCAGCGACCUGCUGAAGCUAAAGGCGCUUUCGGACGGGCCCCACAAGGAGCUCAAGAUCCGACUGAUCAAAGUGGAAAGUGGUGACCGGGAAACUUUCAUCGCCUCUGAGGUGGAGGACAAGAGGAUUCCCCUGGAAGAGAUCAGCAUCCAGAACACUGCCGCUGAAGUUAUCCGAUCUUGCAAGGGGGCUCGAGUGAAAGGCAAGUUCAGGGAAUCUUUCUUGCUGUCGGCCCUCUCUGUUAAGCCAAUCAUGACGUCGGAGGAGUCCUUUCCAAGGGAGAAACUUAACCCUCCUACACCCAGUAUUUAUCUGGAAAGUAAGAGGGAUGCCUUCUCACCGGUGUUGCUGCAAUUCUGCACAGACCCAAAGAAUCCCGUCACGGUCAUCCGAGGCCUGGCCGGAUCUCUGCGAAUCAACUUGGGCCUGUUUUCUACAAAAUCUCUGGUGGAAGCCAACGCGGAGCAGGCCGUGGAGGUGAGGACUCAGGUACAGCAGCCGGCCGAUGAGAAUUGGGACCCGAGCGGGACGGGGCAAACGUGGCCCUGCGAAAGCAGCCGCUCCCACACCACCAUCGCUAAGUACGCUCAGUACCAGGCAUCCAGCUUCCAGGAGAGUCUGCAGGAGGACAAAGGAAGUGACGAGGAAGAAGAGGAUGAUGACGACGAUGACGAAGAAGAGGGUGACAAGAAGCCGUCUGACAACUCGGACACCCAGAGCAAGGACAGCAACGCAAAAGAAAAUUGCUGUAGUGACCAGAAGCCAGUGGGGAAAAUCAUCAAAUUUGGCACCAACAUUGACCUGUCGCAUCCUAAGAGAUGGAAACCUCAGCUGCAAGAGCUUAACAAGCUGCCGGCGUUCAUGCGUGUGGAAUCGAGCGGAAACAUGCUGAGCCACGUGGGACACACCAUCUUGGGCAUGAACACUGUCCAGCUCUACAUGAAGGUUCCUGGGAGCCGAACACCAGGGCACCAGGAAAACAACAACUUUUGCUCGGUAAACAUCAACAUCGGCCCCGGGGACUGCGAGUGGUUUUCCGUACACGAAAACUACUGGCAGGCAAUCAAUGACUUCUGCGAAAAGCACGGAGUGGACUACCUAACAGGCUCCUGGUGGCCCGUGUUGGAGGACCUUUACAACGCCAACAUCCCAGUAUACCGCUUCAUCCAGAGGCCAGGGGACUUGGUAUGGAUCAAUGCCGGGACUGUUCACUGGGUUCAAGCUGUGGGCUGGUGCAACAACAUUGCCUGGAAUGUGGGACCCCUGAACGCUUACCAGUACCAGCUGGCCCUAGAGAGGUUUGAGUGGAACGAAGUGAAGAAGGUCAAGUCCAUUGUGCCCAUGAUUCACGUGUCCUGGAACGUGGCCCGCACACUGAAGAUCACUGAUUCAGACACCUACAAGAUGAUUAGACACUGUCUCCUGCAGUCCAUGAAGCGUAUCCAGAUCCUUCGCGACCAGCUGGUCGCCGAAGGCAAGAAGAUCUCCUACCAGGGCCGAGUCAAGGACGAGCCCGCUUACUACUGCAACGAGUGUGAUGUGGAGGUUUUCAAUUUGCUGUUCGUGACAAGCGAGAGCAGCAGCAGGAAGACGUACGUGGUCCACUGCGAAGACUGCGCCCGGGCGCUCGGCCCCAACCUGAGCAGCGUGGUGGUUCUGGAGCAGUACUCUAUGGAGGAGCUCAUGAGCACAUAUGAUUCCUUUAGCCUGGCCUCGGCUUCCUCGUCCUCCUCCUCGUCACGGUGA